CUUAUUGCAAAAACUUCGUAGCGAUAACUUGUUUUUUGCGUCAGCAAUCUUAGGGGACAGUAACUUAGGAGAAGUGUAUCGCGUACUCAUUCGGUAAAUCGUGUUUGCGGUCUGAAAUUUUGCAAUGGGAAACAAAAGGCGAAAGGUCGAGGAGUCGGAGUCAGAGUCGGAGGACGAGGAGUUAAUCGAGGACGUUGGGGACGACAGCGACGACAACAACGACGACGAUAACCAGCCCGGGCAGCCCGGCCAAACACGGCAAGCCAUUUACAACGUAGAUGCCCUUCACGAAAGGCUUGAGGACAUCGGCUGGACAACGGAGGUGGACUGGGACGAGACGCUAGCAGUGACCUCGGAGCAGCCGACCACGAUUGGAAACAUUGAAGACGAUCUUGCGCGGGAGCUGGCGUUCUAUAACCAAGCCCUGUCUAGCGCACAGCAUGCAAUUCGACGGUUUGAAGAGGCUGGGGUGCCCUGGCUACGGCCGCUGGACUACUACGCAGAGAUGGUUAAGAGCGAUGAGCACAUGGCCAAAGUCAAGGAGCAGCUUAUGUUUGAGCAGCGCCAAAUUGAGCAGGCGGAGGAGCGCCGGAAACAACGCGAAGCCAAAAUGUACGGCAAGCAGGUGCAGCUGGCGAAGCAGAAGGAACGAAACGCCGAGAAGAAGCGGCAGAUCACGGAGAUAUCUAAAUUGCGCAAGGAGCGGGAGAAGUCGGGCUUUGCCGGGGAGUUGGAUAUGGACGAGCAGCUGGAGGAGCUGGAGCAACGCAGGCCUCUGAACCUGAAGCAGCUGGGGCAGCGAGGCCCGAGAGACAUCAAGACGCCAAACAAGAAGCGGCAAAUGAAGAAUUCCAAGUUCGGCUUUGGUGGGCGCAAGGCUCUUAAGAAGCAAAACGACGCCUAUUCGGCUGCCAAUAUGGACGACUACAAGCCGGGGCGCUUCAAGGACCACUUCGGGCCGCGAAAGGGUGGUGUGCAGAAGAAAUUUGGGGCGGGAGGCGGCGGUGCUGGCGGCGCCGAUGGGGGCAAGAAGGGCCGCAAAGCCGGGAAGUCCCAGCGGCCAGGCAAGCAGCGGCGCCAGGCGAUGAAGGCCGGCAAGGGUGGCAAGCGAUGAGAGGAUGGGGAGACGGGAAGGGGGAGUAAUGAUGUAAACUUCCAACGCCGGACGCAAAUUUCCGGCGCUGAACGAACUCAGAACUGCAUCAUUUGGUUGGCAAUAGCCAGGAUAAGCGGUGUGCGAUGGGCACUUUUGCCAGUUUUGGCACCUAGUUGGAUGUGUCCGCCAAAUGAGCGGUUAUGCAUAAGCUAGCUAGCUAUGUAAUGUUGUUUACUAUGACAAAUGGACGACCCGCGCUGACCCACGGGCCAGCUUUUAGGCAUACAAGAGAAACAUGGGAUUUGCCAAAUGUAAGGGUCUUCCCUGUGUU